UUUGAUUUGUAACUUCAUAGUAUAUUUAUCUAGAUACAUUUGAUGCACUAUUUACAUGGCUUUAUAUAUCCUAGUGCAAGAUCAUCAACCGAAAAGUACAGGAUACCAAUGCAAUUAUAGCUUACACAUUUCCACCCUCAUCAUAUUGCAUAAGAAUAACUAUUUUAUACUCUUGGAAAUAACAAUAUGUAACAUAAGAACACAAAACCUGUUAUAAUGCCCCACCCCAUGACAAAAUUAUAAUUGUUACAACUAUAAUUUUUAAAGAAAGUGUUUUGUUUUACUAUAUUUUUUUUUUAAAUUAUAACAUGUCAAUAUCAGUUUAUUUAUGUCAAUUAAUAUUUUAUCCUCUUUCUUUGUCAUGGGUAGAUGCACCAUCUAUAAAGUUAUGUAUUUUUUAUGUUUCACAUUACAAAAUUAACAUUUUAUGCCAUUACAACUACAAAGAAUAUGAAGAAGAAUAUAAGAACACCAAAAACUUUAAACAUUAAAGCUCUAUUGCCAGUAACACUUUGAAAAUAUUUCAUAAUUUCUCUGUGUCCAGCUUCAACAUUCAUUUCUGCUUCUUGGAUAUUUGCAUCAAUUCUACCAAUGGCUUCAUCUUGCUCUUUCACCAUGUGUGCUAGCUGCUGAAAUAUCCCUCCUAAUUCAACAAUGGUACUCUCAAUAUUGUGCAUAGUUUCAGCCCUUUGCUGAACAUAUGUAUCUGUGUCAUCUCUCAAUGCUAACUGUUGUUGUUGUGUUUGAAUGUUAGGGGCAUCACCUAAGUCUAUACUGAUGUCAUCCUGUUGUAAUAGUGAUGGCACUUCUUUAACCAAUGGAGCCACUCUGGAAAACUGUUCCCUUCUGUUGUUUUGAUGUUUCAAAUUUUCAGACCUUACUUCAAGGACCUGAAACAGUUAGUAAAACAAUGUAGUAUUUUAAUAAUAUAUAUUAUAAUACAUAUUGUAAUAAAAUUGUUUGAAGCAUUUUAAUUGAUUUGUUGAAUUUUAAUACCUGUUUAAAUUGAUUGCUCAUGGAAGCUAAACGUGAUUGUAAAGCAAGCACAACACUUGAUGAGUGGCUAUGCAUACUUCUCCGCCCUCUUGGCAUUUCACCCAACCUGGCAAUUUGCUGAUUCAAAGAACUAAGAUCUCCUUUGAUUAUGUAUGUCAGUUCUUGAAUUUCUGUUGGUCGAUCAUCAAAUAGAGACUUCUUUUUGGCCACUAAAAAGUACAACACAUUAUUAUCUAAAUACUUAAUUUCACAAUAAUAGAAAUGCAGCGGAAUAACAAGAAAGGACACUGAUACUUACACAAAGCUAACUUUUCAAGUUUAGCAUAAGUACUUGUUAUAUUUUUACUGAUAACUUUUGCCAUGCCCAUAAAUUGUGAAUAUGUCUCCAAUAUCUGAGCUUUUCUUUCAUCUCUUAUGAUGGGUCUGGCUAAAGUUCUACCUUGCAGACUGCGUACAGCUGAGAUAAAUUCAUUAGUUCUAUCUCUAGACGCCAUCACGGGUUCAAACACAAAUUCUUCGAGGAUGUCGAAUGAUAUAUCAGGUUCCACAAUAUUACAAGGGGAUACUAAUUUUGCCUGUGUCUUUUGAAAUGGAUUAAAUAUACUAGAAUUAUUAGUCGGUUGACUCCCUUUCUUGUCUAAUUUAUUGUAGGUAUCAAAAUCGUUGUCCAAAGGUGUUCGCUCUGUCACACCUCCGAUAUUUCGCCGACGAGGGAGCAUCGCAUUCUAUACUAUAUUCAGUAAAAAAAUAAUUUAUUUUCACUAAUAUACACUGAAUAAGACUUUUCUGAUAAUUUCAUAAAGGAUAAUUAAUAAAAAUACAUUUUCAGUGACAACCAGCUGUUCUCAAAGUUUGAUUUCAUGAAGAAUGACUGAGUAGGACGACGUAUUGACAAUGGUGAUGUGUCGAGCAAGCGUCAAGUUUCACACAGAUAACAAAAACAUAUAGUCAUGUGCAUAAAAUAGUAUCCGAUGUAAAAAGUUCAAGCGAUACUGAAUUGUGAAACUUUACACAAAAUUAUUUUUAGCAGCCGCGCAGCGGUGAUUAACUCAUUUCGUUUCGUUGAUAACCAAAGACAAUACGAUAUAUUAUAUCGUAGUGUUUUUAAACUCUUUGAAAGACAAUUAAAUUAAAUUCACUUGUCAUUUUGACAAUGUACCUAAUGUCAUAAAUUCAUAAUGUUAUUUUUCAGUCAAUUGACAGAUUGAUUAAGACUCCCAGCCCCAGUGUUAGGUAUAUAGGAUUAUUUUUAUAAAAGCAUUUAUAGAAGGUUAUUUAUAAUCAAUAGUAUUGUAACCAGAAAUUUAGAAAUUAAUAUCAAAUUUUCAGUGUCGAAAAUGACCGUUGCUCCUCAAUACAAUUAUCACUAGAUAAGAUUCAAGUUAUGAUUCAUUCAACAAUAAGCAAUGAUAUCCUAAUGAUUGAUGUGUAUAUUCUUUAAAGUCCUAAUAAGUCUUUAACAAUGAAGUCCUCUCAGUUGACUAUAAAUGGCCAGCAUUACAAUAACGCCCAUUUCACAAUUGGUUUAAGUCUAGCAAUUUCGUCAAGUGUGUUUAUUGGCGCUAGUUUUAUAAUUAAAAAAGUUGCUUUAAGAAAACUUCAAGCCUCUGGAAAUGUCAGAGCAUCGGCAGGUGGAUUUGCUUAUUUGAAGCAAUGGCUGUGGUGGCUUGGUUUUAUCACAAUGGGUGUUGGAGAAGCUGCCAAUCUUCUAGCAUAUGCAUUUGCUCCUGCUGCACUAGUAACACCUCUAGGUGCACUCAGUGUUCUUGUUGCAGCAGUGCUGUCUUCAAAAUUUCUGAAAGAGAAACUCAAUUUCAUUGGAAAAAUUGGAUGCUUUCUAUGUAUUAUUGGAUCAGUAAUAUUUGUGAUACAUUCUCCAAAAUCAGAAGAAAUAACAACCUUUAGUGAGUUAGUGGAAAAAUUAUUAGACUAUUUGUUUUUAUCAUAUGUGGGGACAAUUUUCUUGAUGGGUUUAAUAAUUAAACUAGCCUUCAUACCAAGGUUUGGAAACACGAAUGUGAUGGUAUAUUUACUACUAUGCUCAUCAACCGGUAGUCUCACUGUAGUAUUUUGCAAGGGUGUUGCUUUAGGUGUAAGAGAAAGUUUUUCAGGAAAUGUUAAUAAUUUUACUAAUUACAUUUUUUGGUUAUUAUUUAUAACUGCUGUAGUUUGUAUUAUGAUUCAGAUGAAUUAUUUAAAUAAGUCACUGGACAUUUUCAAUACCAGUGUUGUUACUCCUGUGUACUAUGUCAUGUUUACUGUAUUAGUUAUUAUAGCAUCAGGAAUCCUUUUUAAAGAAUGGGACCAUAUGAACAUUCCUGAUAUUGUAGGUUGUAUAUGUGGCUUCUUAAUUGUAAUCACAGCAGUGUUUAUGUUAAAUGCAUUUAAAGAUGUGAAAAUUGCAUUUAAAGAUUUGAACCUUAAUGCACGACAUAGAAGAAGUGCAUUAAAUUUACAUGUUGAAGAGAGAGGGCCAGAGAACUAUGGAUUAAGCUCACGUUUGAGGCAUUUGUAACAAUAACAAUUUGAAAUAGAAUAAUCAUUUUAGGAGAAAUGGUCUCAUUCAACACUUGUGUCAAAAUUUAUUUAUUUCUCUAGAAUUCUCAGUAGUCGUAAAAGCAUUGAUAUUUCUUCUGUUCUGAUUUAGAAAUUAAUAGCUGUAAUGUUUGCAUGCUCUAUUAAAUAAUUUAUAUUUAAAAACAUUUAUAAGAUCUUAGUCAUGAGACACCCCUAUUGAAAAUUAGGAUUGUGGAGGAACUGUGUAGAAAUUUAAAUGGUAAUUUAUUAAAUAGUAUAUAAAAGUGAUAAAGGUUUAUAAUUGAGACCAUGCCUAUUUAUGAUAUAUCUUAACCUAGCAUCUACUGCUAAUAUUUUGUGAAUUAUUCAGCAAGUGGUGUACCUGACAGUACUUGUUAUGCUAUAAUGAGUAUAUAGUUAUAGUAUUGUGCAAGUGAGAAUAAAGAAAUGAAGAACAUUCAAUCUCACUGUCUUGAAGGAUGAAUACACUUAUUAAGAAAUAAUAGUUCAGUUGUUGUCUGUGUAAAGUAUAAAUAAAACUACAUUUGAGCUAUGUUAACACAAACUUGUGAUGUACAUUAAUUCUUGUCAUCAAUUUUUUUCAUAACUGUGAUAUUAUUUCUAUUUGUGUAUGGAUCUUAUUACCAUGAACAAUUUGAUAACCACUUGAAUGUAAAAAUAUUGAAAAAGUUGAAUUGAUGACAUGAUUUAUUUAUUCCUUUAAACCAAAAUACUUUAGUUAAGUAGGAUGUAAGGUGAAUCAGUUAAUUUAACCAUUCUCAAAUAAAAUAAUUUAUUUUUUGAUGGCUUAUUGUUUUAAUUUACCCAUGUUACAAAAGAAUAUUAUUUUUCCGAUUAACAAAAUAACUUUUUGGUUCAGUACUUCUAAAAAAAAAUAAACAUGUUUAUACAGAGUCUUGACAGUAAACAAGUACCUACGCUUAGUAUGUAAAUAUAAGUAGCACUUGAGAUUCAUUACAAGGACUGAUAACAAUAUAAAUGCUUUAGACCUGAGGAAUGUAUAAGUUGAUAUUCCUAAAUGUCACAAGUACACAGUAACUGUGUGAUAGAUAAAUGUUCUGCAAAUAGGGCAAGUGCGCUGAUAUCCAUAAAGGCGUCUGCAACAAUCAGUACACAAGCAGACAUGUCGACAUGGCAGUGUUAGAACACAUUUUUGCCUCUCUUGGCAUAUAACACAUAGUGAGUCUGCCCCAUCACCAGGGUCAUCUACAUUAGAAGAAUCAUAAUAAUUAAUAUCACUAGAACCUAAGUCUUGCCCACCAGCCAUUUGAGCUAUUAAGCCAACUUCUGAGUUAGUAAAAUAAUUAAAAAGUAAAUAAUAUAAAUACAAAACAUUUCUUAUCAAAGACCAAUACAGCAUGGUCAUGUGAUUUAUUAUGGCUUCUCUGAAAUGAAUACACAAACGUACAAUUAUUAUAGCACUUGUAAUUCCCAUAAAAGAUUGUAAAGGCACUUCUGUUAACCAAUUAGUGAAUUUCAACAAUGUCAUGUAGGCAUCUACUAUGAAACUGCCUAUGAUCAGUCCAAUAUACUUAAACACUGCUCUCAACAAUUGCGGAAGAUAUAUAGGCACAAAUGUUAUAAUAAGCCACACAGUGUCACCAAUAAAUAUCACAGAAUUCUUUAGUAAAAUCAAAACUUCACUUAUCAUAAUACCAACUGCUCGUGUUAACCAGUUAGCAGUGCUUAAAAGUUCAUUGAAUUCUAAAUAUAUUUCGUUCACAAUAUUGACAACACCAUCUUGUAUGCGAAUUAUUUGGUUGACAAACGCAUCAACUACCCCAUAUACAGAGGCCGGUAUUUCUUCAGUAAAUAUCGCUACAUUAUCUUCAUACACUAUUUCAAAAAACGUAAUAAUGUUUCUGAUACUGUUUAUUAUUAAUGACGAGAUCCAUGUUCCUGCUGAAACAAUCAGUUUUCCUGUAAACGAUGCUAUCAGUAGAAUAGUUUGCAGGCUCGUUGCAAAAACAUUUAUAAUUUUAGCCACAAGUGAAAUCAUAUUUGCUUCAUUAUAAUAUAUAAACUGAGUUAUGUUGUGUAACUUUUCAAAUAUGUAUAAUAAUAUUCUCGUUAAGAAAUUAUAUUCUUAUUAGGGUUACAAUACAAAUGACAUUCUGAUUUCUGUCAUACAAAUUACAAAGGAUUAUAAAUGACAUAUCAACAAACAACGAC